AGCGUAGUUUGAGCAAGUAGCACUCGCAUCUGGUAACCCCGUUUUAGUUAGUAUUCAUGAGAGUGCCAUCGUUGUUAUUAGUGAGUCAGUCAACUGUUGGUUUGUUUUUAUCGGAGUGGCAUCAUCGUACUCUUUGUUAUUUUGCUCCUUUGUUGUUUGAUGAAGUUGAUUUACCAGAUUGACCUCGUUCCGGAAUAUUAGAUACCAGCACCAUGAACAAAGUGGUAUGCCGCCAAGUCUCGAUCGAAUCGCCUGCCGCCAGCCGCGACUGCGUGUUCAGCUUCGAGGUGCCGGUGCCGGACGCCCCGCCGCGCGGCGCGCUCAUCCGCGUCGUGUGCGCCGGCGCGUGCUACCGUAUGCGCAGUAGGACGCGCUCGGCCUCCAGCACGGAGGAGGGCGGUGCAGCGGGCGGGGGGUUGGAAGGGGGAUGCAGCGAGGCGCAUCACGGGGUGCGCGACGGCGCGCUGUUUCCUGGGUACGAGGUGGCUGGUGUCGUUGAUAAGCUGGGCUCAGAGGUGAUGGAAGAAGUGUCUGCGGUGGCAGAUCACCAGUUCGCUGUCGGAAAGCGAGUCGUGAUCUACCCCUACGAUGGAAUCCCGCAUGGCUACGCAGAAUACAUCGUCGUGCCAUCCUUGUCCUACCUCGUGUCCGUGCCGGACAACUUGCCCUUGGGCGUGGCAGCCAUGCUGCCUACUGGCGCCCUCUUGGCCAAGAAUGCGGUCAUCACUGCUCACCAGCACGUGGUGGAAUUGCUGGAGAGCCGAGCAGCCGACAAGAUGGUCAGGAUCUUGAUCGUUGGUACCGGAGGGCUGGCCCUGUGGGCUAUCAGGAUCGCGGAACACCAUUUCAAAACUCCCGAACACCGUGACAGAGUCAAGAUAACUGUUGCCGCGUUGAAGAACGAAGGGCUGGUGCUUGCUGCAGCUGCACUAAAAUCGGUCAAUAUAGUCCAGUGGAAUGAAGAUGUUUAUGAAAAGCAACUGAUCGAAAGAACCAAAGAUGCUUGCAGUGGGCUGGUGGAUAUCGUAAUCGAUUUUGGUACAACUUCGAGAUCGCUCCACAGGUCUCUGCAAUGUUUGAACUCUGGAGGAGUCGUUCUAGUGAGUGAAGAGGUAGCGGAACGUUUACUACCUAAAUUCUCCAGAUUGAUCGCUGAAACGAAUAAAAAAAUCGAAGCUGUCGCUCCCGGAUCUAUAGAGCAGUUGCAGCAAUUGGUUGAAUAUGUUGCUGCAGGAGAUAUAAUUCCUCCGCCUCACACCGAGUUCUCUGCUGAUGAAGCUCCACGUGUAGUACAAAAGCUUUGUCAGUCUGAAAUUCCCGGAAGAGCAAUAUUACGUUUCCAUGAUAUUCAAUAAGUCUUACAAUUUUCCUACCAAAUGAGUUUGUGAUUCUAUUAGGUUUAAUUGGAUUCAUUCAAUGUCUUAUUAUCGAUUAAUGGAGUACGAGUGAUCAGCACUUUUUUAUGAAAAAACAACUAUUAGAUCUCAAAAAUGAUGGAGACUUAACAUGAUUGGAGUUGCUUCGAUUGUCAGCAACAGCGAGACAGACGUCCUGUCAUAAUAUUUUGUUUCAGUCUUUAUCUGUCAAACUUCAGACUUCAUUCAAAUGGAACACCUGUUUUCAGAUUUUUUUGUGGUCAAAAAUACAGGGUAUGUCACGACGAGCUCACACUAUCAUUAUAUGAAGAAUCAGUCGGGAGAAAUCCAUGAAAAUGUGCCUGCUUAUACAGGGUGUUAACAAAUGAGUGUCACAACGGAAAACUGUAGACUCCUCGUGGAGAAAAAAACAUUUUUUCCCUUUCGAAAUUUUUCUCUGGGCUUCAUUUUUCAAGAUACAGGGCGUCAAAAAAUCAAAAAUGUUCAGUUUUAUUUAAACACACUUUACAACACUUAAUAAACUUGACAAUUUGAAAACCAGCAUAGAGACCAGCAUACUCAAGAACCUGACAUCUGAUUGAACAUAUUAUUAGACAGUUCUGAGGUGUUUGUUUCCAGUGGAUUCUUAGACGAUUUUUGGAGAGUGAGGGUUGCUGGGCUGUGUGCACGUGAAUAUAUACCAAAGAAGGGA